UGUAUGGAAGUGGUACUUCAACCAUCAAAUUCAGUCCUGUGAGGGACGGCGAAAAGUCCAAUUUUAACCACCCUAAUGAGCAAUCUCCCACGUGCAGUCGACACAGGGGUUGGUAACCGGGGCAAAUCCAAUAACAACGAUUCACUGGCUUCCCCUAGUAACGAUGUUGGGCAUUUAUAAACACAAGCCAAUCUAGUUUUCAGAGAAAACUACUUACAAAGAUUGAGGGCUAAUUUCUUUCUCAAUUUACUAAAUUUUACCCGUAAUGGCUCAGCUGAACUGUCCACCGUGCACUCCGUGCGCUGCCACGUGCAUCGAGCAUCAACCAACGCAAACCUGUGAAGCACCGCAAGUUCAGAAGCCCCGAAAAGAACGAACCUAUUUUUAUGCACUUCAAGAAAUCCGGAAUCAAAUCAAGUCCAAUCGCUGGGGACAUGAAACUUCGUACGACAACCCGUUCCACGUGCACAAAGACCCACCGCCGCCAUGUCCGGACAGCAUGGAGCUGAAAACGAGUCCCGUUGGGCUGCCGGCUAGUGAUCCUCCGUGUUACCUGCCUCAGCGGACAGGCAACUCGGACGUUCAUCCGCUGUCCAAGCCGAUGGGACCGAUCGGACCAUGGGCCACGGGUCGCGUCGACUGGGGUGCCCUGUCUGGCCAAACGGGCACACGUCCGGUUGUCGAUCGCUACUCGAUCACUCGGUACAGCGUGGACGAGUGGCGCCAGCGAAACGCGGACACGAUCGACGCUUGCGCCAGUACGGUCACCAAGAGCGAGAAGAUCGAGCACGACAGCCGGAACACGAUCAUCCGGACGUAUGCCAUCACGGACAAGAACCAGGCCGACUGCACGCAGAGUUUGCACGGUCGGGCCAAGACCAUCGAUGACAUGAAGAGCGAGCUGGAGCGGGCCAUUAAGGCGAUGCAGGACGAGAUUAGCACGUUGGAGGAGCAACGGCGACGGUUGAAGCAGUCCCUGGCGGUUCUGCGCAUGCCAGAGGCCAUCGCAACGGAAUGCCUCGAACGACGCACCGGCCGCCCCGAUACCGAACUGAUCCGAGAUCGUCCCGAGGAGGAACUGAUCCGCGAGAUUGCGCUCAUUGCGGAAAUCAGGUCAAUUUUAUUGAAAACCCUGUCCGAAAUUGAAUCACAGCAGGUGCAGAACCGUGCCGCCCGACAGCGCAUGGAGUUCGACUGGAGCGACAAGAAGAUGGCCCACGAGAACGACGCGAUCAACUGCAACCUGACGAACAAGUCUACGAUUACGCUGUUCCGCCCCGGGGCGACCCGGUGCCCUUCAGAGCAAUCAACGAAAAUCUACUGGGAAAAGUUUAGCAAGGAAACGUUGGCAAUGUGCGCCACCUGCCGGAUGCAAUCCCAUGCCCUCCGGAACACGCUGGAUGCCAUCCUGAUGAACGCUGCCCGUGACCUCCGCUCGCAGGCCGACAGCGUUGAGCGCGCCCUGGCCGAUAGAAUCUCCUGCAUGGAGGAAGUCCGCCAGAAGUUGGAAAUCGAUCUUCUUACGACCCUCCAACGUUUGGCUGACACGGAGAUCCAAAUCGACAAACUGAAGGUGGCCAUACGGAACAUGGACCACGCGAUGAAGGUUGUCCAGACCCGGCUGGACAAUCGCAACCAGAGACCAAGGGUAGAAAAUUGUCGCGAUCAGUCGCAGUUGCUGCUGAUUGCGGAGGUUAAAUCUAUCGAGGAGGGACUGUCGGCCAUGAACGCGCAACUUCGGCAGGAGGAGGAAGUCAAGAACGAGCUCAUGAAUCGCAGAGGUGAAUUGGAGAAGGAAAUUAUGAUGAAACGGCGCACGAUUGCGAUCGAUCGAGAUCGGUGCCAGCUUUUGCGAAGCCAUUUUCCGUCGGCAACUGCACUGAGCGGAUAUUAGCAUGAUUGAGGUCAUUGCGGUAUUUAUUUUUCAAACUCAUUUACAAGAAGCAAUACUUUACAGAUUUGACUAGUUUAGUGUGUGGCACGAUUGGAAGCUAAAAUAUACAAAUUUGCGAUACAUUUUAAACCCGACAUAAACACUUUGUUUUAUCUAACUUA